AUCUGGGACACGGCGGGACAGGAGCGAUUCAGGAGUGUGACGCACGCUUACUACCGAGACGCUCACGCUCUUUUGCUGCUGUACGAUGUGACAAAUAAAGCGUCUUUUGACAACAUACAGGCCUGGCUCACAGAGAUUCACGAGUUCGCUCAGCAGAACGUAGUGAUCAUGCUUCUGGGUAACAAGGCUGAUGCUACACAUGAAAGGGUUGUGAAGAGAGAGGAGGGUGAAAAACUGGCCAAGGAGUUUGGCGUUCCCUUCAUGGAGACCAGUGCUAAAUCAGGCCUGAAUGUGGAGUUGGCCUUCACUGCUGUGGCCAAGGAACUGAAGCACAGGGAGAUGAAGGAGCCUAACGAGCCAAAGUUUCAGCUGCAGGAGUAUGUUAACAAGGAGAUGAAGGGAGUCGGCUGCUGUCGCUCCUAAACCCCCCUCACUGUCUGUUUGUGUGUUUUUCCACUUUCAUCCUCUCUCGCAUAAAUUGGAUGCCGGUCAGAUAUUCUGCGGCUCUGGAGACUUUCAUUUUCAAACGCUGUGUUCGUUCUUUGGACCUCCGUGCACUUCACAGCUCACAAACAAUAGCGAAUGACACAAAGCAAACAGAGAAGCAGUCAUCAGAAUGCAAUUGGCACGUCCUUAAAUAUUUGCACCCCCAAUAAACACAGACCCACCUCUCCGAGCAGCUGUGAAUGUAUGUUCAACACUCAUGAAGUUUGAAAAAAUCAUUCAGUAGUUAGAUGUACUUUUCUGUGGCAGCUUCAAUUGAACCCAAUCAUACACCACUUUCACUGUUAAAAAUACCCACAAGUGUGUCAUAAGCACGGCUGUUCAGCACAGAGAUAAGUAUAAGUGUAAAAUCAUAAUUAACAAAGAUUUGCCUUAUUAUAACAUGGAGUUUUCUGUGGUUUCAGUCUCGUUCUGUAAACGUCUUGCAAAAUUAGUCUUGAUGCAGUUUGUAGACAUUUGUGGAAAAGUUUUAAAAUUACUUUAGUGAGAUGAUUCAUUUUUUCUUUUAAAUGUUCUUUUAUUUAUUCAAUGAAACAGGUGGCUUUUCUUGAUUUGUUUCAGCUAACCCUCAAUUAAAAGAACAUGCUGAUUUUUUUUGUCUUAUAUUAUCUUUCUGUUUUUGAAGCAUAGAUCAUGAUAGCUGUAAACUUUUUUAUUGUGUCUCUUUAAGGUUAAAUUGGCCAGACUUUCUCUAUUUUAUGUACAGUUUGACAAUUUCUCUUUUUUGUGUGCAAACCAUCACACAUUAAUCUAAAGUCCAAAGCUGAUCGAGGCUAAGGAAGCUUGUUUCUGCCACGAAAU